UCGCUCGGGCGUCGAAAUAGGGGGGAUUUAUGUAUUUACUGCGCAUAUUUUGGCUUUUGCGUUUGCCAGCGUUACAGCUGUGUCGUACUUAAGUGAUGUUAGUUUACUGUUUGCCUGCAAUUGGCUGUAUUCAUUUUUUGUUAUUGUUAUAAUCUAAAGAGCCCGAUUUUACGAAUGACAUUGGUCGCUCGCGUGCAGAAAACAGUAUUGGUUAAUGCAAAUAAUAAAUUAGAUGUAAAAUAAAGUGUUUUCUUUUUAUCAAACGCGUUCUUUAUCUUCAUGGAGGAUAGUGGCUGAUAUGGGCUGCGGCUCGUAAUGUGGGUUGGGUGUAGCGUUGUUCGAUUCGCGAACGAGUUGUUCUUGUGAGUCGGUUCUUUUCAUUGAAUCGAUACGAGAGGGUCUGUCGUUGACUUAAUGGUAGAAGUUUUUUAAAUGCCUCCUGGAAAUGUAUUUUCGACUUAAUUAUGUGGAAAUUGUUAAAACAAAAACAGUUGGAUGUAAACCUGAAGCUAAGAUUAUAGUAUCGUUUAAUGUAACUGUAAAUUUUAUUUAGGUUGUAAAUUAUUAUUGUUUUAUGUAAUGGCUGCAACGAACUUAAUUUGAACACAUACAAUUGCAAUAAACACAGCUGUUAAUAAAGCUUUAAAACAUUUGAUAGGCCUCGGUGGGCUGUCAGAGUGACGUAGACGAAUCAGAAGAAUUGGUUUUCGAAGCGCUCCAUUAACUGCUCAAAAGAACCGAUUCGCGGAAAUGAUUCGGACUUUGCAUCACUAGUUGGGUGGGGUGACUCGCAUCCAUCCCAGUGUUUAACACGGAAGUCAAGGCAAUGGAUAGAUGCACGCUGCCAUGUCAACUCAUGAAUAAAAAAAAAUGGAAAUUCAUAUCCAUGGCCGAUUACAAUAAUGGUGUUUAUCUGUGUAGGAAUGUAUUCUCUCUGGGAUCAUGUCUGUGAAUGGAAAGAAAGUUUUGCAUAUGGACAGAAAUCCAUACUACGGUGGUGAAAGUUCCUCCAUCACACCCCUGGAGGAGCUCUAUAAGAGAUUUGGGAUUUCAGACAGCCCCCCAGAGUCAAUGGGCCGGGGAAGAGACUGGAAUGUGGAUCUUAUUCCUAAAUUUUUAAUGGCCAAUGGUCAGUUAGUUAAGAUGCUUCUAUACACUGAAGUGACCAGAUAUCUUGACUUCAAAGUGGUCGAGGGAAGCUUUGUGUAUAAAGGAGGAAAAAUCUACAAAGUGCCCUCUACUGAGACAGAGGCACUGGCUUCAAAUCUAAUGGGAAUGUUUGAGAAGAGACGCUUCCGCAAGUUCCUAGUUUUUGUGGCCAACUUUGAUGAGAACGACCCCAAGACUUUGGAAGGUGUCGAUCCCAAACUCACAACAAUGGGAGACGUGUAUAAGAAGUUUGACUUGGGUCAGGACGUCAUCGACUUCACGGGACAUGCCCUGGCGCUCUACAGGACAGACGAAUACCUUGAGCAGCCGUGUCUGGAGACCAUCAAUAGGAUCAAGCUCUACAGCGAGUCUCUGGCACGCUACGGGAAGAGCCCAUACCUGUACCCUCUGUACGGACUGGGGGAGCUGCCUCAAGGGUUCGCUAGGUUAAGUGCAAUUUAUGGAGGAACCUACAUGCUGAACAAGCCAGUGGACGAGAUAGUGAUGGAGGGAGGACACGUGGUGGGCGUGAAAUCGGAGGGAGAGGUUGCCCGUUGCAAGCAGCUCAUCUGUGAUCCUAGCUACAUCCCGGACCGCGUGCACAAAGUCGGACAGGUGAUCCGGGUCAUCUGCGUCCUCAGCCAUCCCAUUAAAAACACUAAUGAUGCCAAUUCCUGCCAGAUCAUCAUCCCUCAGAACCAGGUUAACCGCAAAUCAGAUAUCUAUGUUUGCAUGAUGUCCUACGCCCAUAAUGUGGCGGCCCAGGGAAAGUAUAUCGCCAUCGCAAGCACCACUGUGGAAACCUCUGAUCCUGAAGCGGAAAUCGAACCUGCGCUGGAACUCCUUGAGCCCAUUGACCAAAAGUUUGUGGCCAUCAGUGACAUGUAUGAACCCACAGAUGACGGUACAGAGAGCCAGGUUUUUGCAUCACGGUCCUACGAUGCCACCACUCAUUUCGAAACAACUUGUAACGACAUCAAGGACAUCUACAAGCGCAUGACAGGCAGUGACUUCGAUUUUGAGAACAUGAAGCGUAAACAGAACGACGUCUUUGGCGAGGACGAACAGUGAGGGGUGGACAAGUGACGGAGGAGUGGAGAGGCAAUGAUCAGAUGGAGGGAGAGAUGAGGCGGGCUGAACGGGAUUUACCUGACUGGGUUCAGAAGGGACGCAGAACUGAUUCGACAACGCUGUAAAUCUCUUUCAACCGACCUUAUCUUUUCCCAGAGUGCUCUUUGCUCAUUGUCUCCACACCCUCCGGUGUCUCUGUUCAGAUCCUAACAGCUCAGCACACAGACACACAAACGCUCUAUCGCUCACAUUCCACAACUCUGCACUACAAAGUGGGCUCACACCAACAUGCUAUUUUAGAUUCUCACACAAGCAGUAUGCAUCGUUUGCGCAAAAUAUCCUGUUGAAGUGAAACACACGUCUUUCUGUUCUCUGAAUAUUGUCUUUGACCGAAGCCCAUACAUGUGAACGAUUCCUCGAAUAUUGAAGGAGAUUUAAAAUCAUCAACUUUCGUGAAGUAUCCCCAACUGUCCCGAGACUGUUAGUUUAGCAUACUGUCGUCACUUUUGACAUUUAACGGCUUCGUGUGAACAGCAGCCUUCCUGUACUUGAGGAAAGUGUCACUGAUAUAGUAAGAUCAUCAAACACUACAGUUUGGCACCUUGGAAAAAUGAUGUAAUGUGAUAUUGAUAAUAAACACUAAAUUGUGCAAAAGCAAAUCUGAUUUUGCUAGAUCCAGCAAUCAAACCCCGAACUGACGAGUCUCAUAUCAUUGCAUUUCCUAUUCACGAUCUUUCCGCUCUUUUAACUACAGAUAUUUAAUUCUUUUAUUAUUAUUAUUAUUAUUAUUAUUAUUAUUGGUGGAUUUAUUUUUUUUUGACAACUAAAUUGAAUGAGAUGUAUAAUAUGCAGUAUAGAAGCGAACUGUAAGCCAUUAACUUGUAACUAACAUUACAGUCUUUGUGCUAACUCUUAAAAAUAUUUCUAACGUUUCGUCACAAUUUCUAAUGACCUGAAAACCGACACGGACGGCUGUUGUCGAUCGCUUAGUCUGUUACGGGAAAUGAGUCUUAAAGAGAAUGUGGAAGCGAUUUUCACUCCCACAGCUGCAGAGGAAAACGAUAAUGUGAAUUUAAUGAGUAUCAGAUCCUUUGGUAUUUGAUAGUAGCCAUAUCCGUUGGUAAACCGGGCUGACUCCAGUCUACUAAAUGCAUACAUGCUCUAACUUUGACUUGUGAUGAACACUAUGCCUCCCCCCUGUGCACUGUUAAGAUUCUCACUGCAUCAUGCAAUCGGCCUGCGUCUUUGAUUUCUGUUUUUAUCGGUGAUCGACACAUGUAGUCUCUGCAUUUACACCUGGCUGUUAGAAACCACAAGAUUACAAACUUAGCAUUGAUCUAUGACUGGUCAUUUUCACCAUUAUAUCUCUUAAUCAUGCUCGUUUUUGUUUUGAAAUGAUUUGAAUUGCCAUCAGUAGUUAUAGUAGACGCUAGUCUGGAGCAGAUGGUAAUGGUGUGCUGUUUGAACUCUCACUGUACAGCUUUCAGUGUAGAAUAUACAAGCAUUCUCAUGUUUUCCAUACUCGCCUUUGCUGAGAAAAAAGCCUUUGACUGUAGUCCCCCUCCUCCUCCUCCUCCUCUUCCUCCUUUCUCUUUAUUUUUAAUGUAAAACAAGGAGUGUGACAGUUUCAUUACAUUCUUGAAUUUUAUUGGGCCAAAGUCACUUAUGGCCUUAUAGAUUCACAUAGAAGCAUAAAGGUCUUGAACUCUCUUCCUUAUAGUGCACAAAUUAGAUUGUGAAUUAAUGAUAACUGGAAUCAAAUAGAAUUACGCUGCAUUGCUAUAUUUGUUAUCUUUUGCACCUUUCCAGCAUAUUGUCGCAUAUGUUUGGAUUAACUGUUUUGUACUGUAUUUAUUUUCAUUUUGUCUUUCAUUUUCAAUGUUGAAACAACUAAACACCUUAAAAAAAAAACUGACACACAAACUCGACAAUUUUAAGUUGUGAAUUUCAUCUCGUGUUUGAGCAGUCUUGUGCAACAAAAAUAAAUAUGAACAAAAUGAAACUCAA